AUGGCGAUCUUCGAUUCCGAAAAACGCCCCCGCGGCCUACGAGUCCCGUCGCUGACGGCCAUAAAAAACGGCAGCGCCAAGUCGCAGUUCACCUUCCACAAGAAACCUCUCGACCUGCACUCCCACGAUUCGUCCAGCCCGACCGUGACGGUCGUCGCCACGCCCAAGACGGCGCCCAACAAGGAACUGCCGCCGACUCCUCAGGAGGUGCCGCCUCCACGCAAAUCCUCCAUGCCCAAGCGGCGCGAGGUGGGCAGCCCUCGUCCGAAUGACUCGGCGACUCCCACAGGCUUGCGACAGGCAGCACAAGUCCCGUCCCCGUCCCCAUCGCCUGUGACGGUGGUUUCAUCAUCCCCGCAGCUGCAACCGUCACACCCGCCGCCACCGCCGCAAGUUCCUCUCCCGGCGCUGCCAUCGCAGCCUCCGGCCCAACCACAGCCUCAAGCUCAUCGUCAGUCUCAACCGCAGCCUCAAUUACAAACACAACGGUUGCCGUUGCAGCCGCAGCCGCAGCCGCAGCCGCAGCAGCAGAAGCAGGGACUCCCCCCAGCACCUGUACCAGCAUCAGCGCCGGUCAAUUCUCAACUUCCACUGCCGCCCACUCCUCCAACGCCUCCAACGCCUCCGACCCCGCGAGCUUCUCAAACUCCCCAGUUACCUUCACCCACCCAUACGUCUCGAGCAUACCAAGCUCCUCAAACUAUAGCAGCUACAUCAACUACUUUGCCUUCUCCGGUUUCUCCGGCCCCUCAGCCCCACCAGGCCUCUCGGGCUCAGCAAGUAUCUCGGGCUCCUCAAGCUCCGCAAACUGCUCCGGCUCCGCAACCCGCUCCAGCCGCACCAGCGCCAAAUGUUUCUCAGCCAUCGGAACCCGAAAAUGAAGACGAUACCCCUCUAGAAGACUUCAUCCCCACGCCCGAUGAGGCAGGUGCACCUCUGGGAUCUAUAUCCAGCGCCGAGCAGGCUGGGACUGCCUCACCCCUGGAAUUUGAACCCAUCGCAGCCCCGCUGAACAAAGUCCACUUUGCGUGCUUCCAAGAUCAUCGCAGCAUGCCGGUGGCUCAGAACGAAUGGUGUGCCGUACCCUGUAUGACUUGUCAUAAGUUUGAUCGUGAGAUCCGACACCGCUGCGUGUUUUGCUGCCUGCGCAUCUGCGAAAGCUGCCACCAGAGCCUUCAGAAAUGCCAGCGUCGCUCGCUAGCCGAGCUGAUGAACCGGAUGGCCUCACCCUGA